GGUUUUUUCAUUUUUUCCGCAUGGGCAUGGAUUAUUGUUUGCGCACCAGACAUAUUCUUUUGGAACAGUUGCUACACUAUCAUCAAUUUAUUCCAGUUAAUAUUCCUACUUUAUAGGAUGAGGCCUGUUAAGUUCGAUCCUGAAUUAGAAGAAGCCUAUCAUACACUUUUCGUACCUUUCAAGGUCACAAGAAUUCAGUUCAAAAAACUCAUAAACAAUGAUAUGGCUCAAAUAAUGUCACUGCAUGCAGGUGAAGCAUAUGCAUUACAAAAUUUAACACGAACAGACAGGCUUGGAUUACUCUUGUCUGGAAAAUUGAAUGUUCUUUGUGAUGGCCAUUUCCUUCAUCCUAUUUUAGCAUGUGAAUUCCUGGACUCGCCUGAAUUUGAAAGUAGAGCAAAUAUGGAUGACAAAUUCAAGGUAUCAAUUGUAGCUGCAACUUCAUGUAGAUACUUAUACUGGCAAAGGACAUCAUUGGAAUACUUGUUCGCAAAGGAAACAUAUCUUGCCACAGUCAUGUCCACCUUAAUAGCUAGAGACAUAACAACAAAACUGUAUGCUAUGAAUAAUAAGAUUGUUACAGAAAAAGGUUACCAUCUUGACAUAAGGCUACCAAGUAUAACUUCAUCUCUGGCUUCAGGAGACCACAAAAAUCCAUCAUUCAAAGCUCUAGUGAAACAUAAGGCAAUUUUAUCUGGAGGUUGCCAAAAUUCUAAUGAAAAUGUAACAGGCAGCAGAGAGAGGCUUUUCAAGGAAAGGAGACAAGGGCCAACGAUUCCGAAUGGCAGGGUACCAGAGAUGAUGCCACUGAAUGAAGUUGUCUGUUCUGAUGAUCUCGGAUCAAGUGCUGAGGUAGAAUCAUGGCUGGAAACUUCUUCCAAAUAUCACAGCUGUGAAGUUGUUGAUGAAUGAUUGUGAACAGUAUUAUAUUUUUAUAUAAAUUUAUGUAUUAUGACCACAGCAGGCUGGGUCAUGAUUUAGGUUAAGAUUUAUUCCUAGUCAACUUUGUAAAUAAUUCGCACGCACAAAUGAUUGAAAUAUGAUUUUUCAUAUUUAAUUGUAUAAAAUAGUAUUGAAGAAACAUUUAUUUUUCAAAGCAU